GCAGCCCGCGCUGAGCCGGCUCAGAGCGAGAAAAGCGAACCCAACCCGUCGGGGCCGCCGCUCCGGACCCGCAGCCACCGCCGCCUCCUCCCCCCGGAUCGGGUGUACUGUCCCAACCCGAAAGUCCAGUUCUGCGGCCCGGCAGCGGCGAGCGGGCGCGAUGACACAGGAGUACGACAACAAACGGCCAGUGUUAGUUCUUCAGAAUGAAGCACUUUAUCCCCAACGGCGGUCCUACACUAGUGAGGAUGAGGCCUGGAAAUCCUUCCUGGAAAACCCUCUCACUGCAGCGACCAAAGCGAUGAUGAGCAUCAAUGGAGACGAAGACAGCGCAGCUGCGCUGGGCCUGCUCUAUGACUACUACAAGGUUCCAAGAGAGAGAAGGUCAUCAACAGCAAAGCCAGAGGUGGAGCACCCUGAGCCAGAUCACAGCAAAAGAAGCAGCAUACCAAUUGUGACGGAGCAGCCCCUCAUUUCUGCUGGAGAAAACAGAGUGCAAGUACUGAAAAAUGUGCCAUUUAAUAUUGUCCUUCCCCAUGGCAACCAGCUGGGCAUUGAUAAGAGAGGCCAUCUGACAGCUCCAGAUACGACAGUCACUGUCUCCAUAGCAACCAUGCCUACCCACUCCAUCAAGACAGAAACCCAGCCACAUGGCUUUGCUGUGGGAAUCCCUCCAGCAGUGUAUCAUCCUGAACCCACUGAGCGGGUGGUGGUUUUCGACCGGAAUCUCAAUACUGACCAGUUCAGCUCUGGUGCUCAAGCCCCAAAUGCUCAAAGGCGAACUCCAGACUCGACCUUCUCAGAGACCUUCAAGGAAGGCAUUCAGGAGGUUUUCUUCCCCUCGGAUCUCAGUCUGCGGAUGCCUGGCAUGAAUUCAGAGGACUAUGUUUUUGACAGUGUUUCUGGGAACAACUUUGAAUAUACCCUAGAAGCUUCAAAAUCACUUCGACAGAAGCCUGGAGACAGCACCAUGACGUACCUGAACAAAGGCCAGUUCUAUCCCAUCACCUUAAAGGAGGUGAGCAGCAAUGAAGGAAUCCAUCACCCCAUCAGCAAAGUUCGAAGUGUGAUCAUGGUGGUUUUUGCUGAAGACAAAAGCAGAGAAGAUCAGUUAAGGCAUUGGAAGUACUGGCACUCCCGGCAGCACACUGCUAAACAAAGAUGCAUUGACAUAGCUGACUAUAAAGAAAGCUUCAACACUAUCAGUAACAUCGAGGAGAUUGCGUAUAAUGCCAUUUCCUUCACGUGGGACAUCAAUGAUGAAGCAAAGGUUUUCAUCUCUGUGAACUGCUUAAGCACAGAUUUCUCUUCCCAGAAGGGAGUGAAGGGGUUGCCUCUUAACAUUCAGAUUGAUACCUAUAGUUACAACAACCGCAGCAACAAGCCUGUACACCGGGCCUACUGCCAGAUCAAGGUCUUCUGUGACAAGGGAGCUGAGCGGAAAAUCAGGGAUGAAGAACGAAAGCAAAGCAAAAGAAAAGGCAAGUGUCCUGACCCCAGCUCCCAGUUGAAUGCCUUUUCUGAUGUUAAAGUACCACUGCUUCCCUCUCACAAGCGAAUGGAUAUCACGGUUUUCAAACCCUUCAUUGAUCUCGAUACUCAGCCUGUCCUCUUCAUUCCUGAUGUGCACUUUGCCAACUUGCAGCGGGGCACUCAUGUCCUUCCCAUUGCCUCAGAAGAAUUGGAGGGUGAAGGGUCUGCCUUGAAAAGGGGGCCGUACGGCACAGAAGAUGACUUUUCUGUCCCUCCUUGUACCAAGCUGUCCCGGAUAGAAGAACCAAAGAGAGUGCUACUCUAUGUUCGAAAGGAGUCAGAAGAAGUCUUUGAUGCCCUGAUGCUCAAGACCCCAUCUUUGAAGGGCUUGAUGGAAGCUAUCUCAGACAAGUAUGAUGUUCCUCAUGACAAGAUUGGGAAAAUAUUUAAGAAGUGUAAAAAGGGGAUCCUGGUGAACAUGGACGACAACAUUGUGAAGCAUUACUCCAAUGAGGACACCUUCCAGCUGCAGAUUGAAGAAGCCGGGGGGUCGUACAAGCUCACCCUGACUGAGAUCUAAAGGCUCGUGAGCCACAGCUCCCCAGGAGUUCAGUGCAGGUGUUUCUAAAUCUUACGGUUUGGCAAGUGCAGAUAACCCCAGUCAGUCAUCUCACCAGCACAGGUCUAUGUCGAGGGAAGGGUUUCCUUGCAGAUUGGAAGUGGGGCUGUAUCUGGCUCGGUGGUAGCAUUUAACCUAUUGCAUUGGCGUUUUUCAGAUGAAAGAGAAAUCCAUGUGCCAUUAUGUUUGAAUUUCCUGAUAUAUACAGGAUUUAAACUGAAAAAUUUAUUCUAAGAGUUAACAGAGUCUCUAAGAAGCUUUGGGAUAUCUGCUAUGUUAUUUAUCAAAAUAUUGGGACAUCUGCCUUGUGCCUACAGUGUCGUUGGCCUGAGGUCAGCAGAAGUCAGAGAAGGUGAAGGCUUGGCUUUAAGUAUUAUGUGCCCUUGCCUGAAUUCAGUACAACUCCACUGCCUCAGGUUAGUGGGAGCGAACCUGAAGAGUAAAGGGUGAGCCCUCUCUCCCUUAACCCUCUCAUUCUCCACCAAAUGUUUACUAAACAGGGCACGUUACUGAAAUCUUCCUUUGCGACUUUCUUGGACAUAUCAACUGCCUUUCUCAUGAAGAAUUUUAAUGGGUUACAGUAUGAAAUCAGUUACGAUAAAGCUGCAUUGUAUAUAAGUGCAAUAUAUUUUUGAAGGUCUGUAAAUGUGUACAUACAUGUCUUAUAUAAAUAUAUAAUAUAUAAAUGUGGUGUCUGUGUACAUAUAGUGAAGAUAUGCAGUAAGAUCUACCUUAAAGACUUUCCCUAGACAAAGGUUAAGUUAUUUUUGAUAAUGUAUACCAAGCAGAUAGAAUACUGUGCUUAGUGGAACCAACUAAAAACCUUGUUCUCUGUGUUUUUCCAGACACAAGCAGUCAUUUUGUAGCAUAGCAAAACUUUCUCAAAUGACAGAUUGUUUGCUAUUGAGAAUGUUGUUACUUGGAUUUCUGUACUGUUUAACAAAUGAAGUAAAAGAAAAACACUAUUGCAAUUCACAUCUUUUGUUAUGCUAGUAUCAGUCAGAUGUACUUAGAAGAAACACAGUAAUUACAUCAAACAUAUUGCAAGUGUUGUGUACCAAGUGAUACAGCUCAAAAUGGAGUUGUCAUCUCUCUGUUUGGAGAAAUGAUUAUUUUAUCAGUGCUUCAGAUCCUUGGUGCUUUGAUUAUCUUGUAUGUUAACAAUUCUAGAAAACAUUCAUGAAUUUAUAAAAAUACAUUACUGUGGCAGGGGAACAUUUUGUACACAUUUAAAUAUAUAAAAAUACUAAACUAUAUAAUUUUAUAACAAAGUCACGGGUAUCUAGGUUCAGGGAGCUAGACUGGGUCAUUUGCGUACGUAGGACUGGUAGUUACAGUCUUGGGUUAAAGUACUCUAAUGAAGUAUGGGAACUAAAUUGCUGAUUUUCUAAGAUAAGAGACGGGAUAUGGGUCAUACAACUAUUUUAUAUUUUUUAUGAAAUUGAUUUUGUGUAUUAUUUUCAAUUGUAUCAUUGAAGAUGUAUUUUAAAACAAAGGGAUUAAAUUUUAUAUGUCUAUUUCGUAA